AUUCAGUAAUUCAGUUAUCCUCAAUCGGGCUUACUAGCGAGGCCGUUUUGUCAAAGUUUCUAAAGUGUUAGUGCAAACUUAACACGUCGCAAAUGCAACACUACGAGUACGUUUUAAAAUGUUCAAUGAAACUAAAAGUAUUGUGAUAAAAUACCCCCGUGAAACAACUAUUUUUGCUUCUAUUUGUGCGGUGUUUUUUUGUAUUGUGGGAAUAACAGGAAAUUUAGUGACUAUUAUAGCAUUAAUACGGUGUCCAAAAUUGCGGGGGCAUGCAACUACUGCAUUUGUUUUGUCCCUCUGCGUAUCUGACCUAUUAUUUUGUUCAGUAAAUUUACCCUUGACAGCAUCAAGGUUCAUCCAUGAAGCUUGGACUUUGGGCGAUUCUGUAUGCAAAUUGUUUCCAGUACUAUUUUACGGGAAUGUCGCUGUUUCCCUACUCAAUAUGGUUGCCAUUACAUUAAACAGAUAUAUUCUAGUCUCUUGUCAUCAAUAUUACCGUCAGUUUUACACCCCUCUAUCAAUAUGGUUACAGCUGCUAAGUUGUUGGGUUUUUGCGGUACUAAUAAUGGUAAGCAAUAAACUUUUACAGUAA